AUGUCUACAUCUGAAAGUGACUUUGUCGCUCUCGUCACCGCCAGUUCAGCUGGACUGGGAGCUGCAGUGGCAAGGAGACUCGCGAAACUCGGGGCAAGAGUCGUUAUCAACUAUUGCAAUAGCCGCGGAAAGGCAGACGCACUGAUCGAGGAGUUGAACGCGCAAUAUCCAGGCUCACCCUCGAACGAAGACACGCCGGGCACCAAACAAUAUGUUGCCAUCCAGGCUGACCUGAAUAAACGGUCCGACAUACAACGACUGGUGGACGAGGCCAUCCAGCACAUGGGAAGGCUGGACAUGGUAGUGUCCAACCAUGGCUGGACGACAUUCACCAACUUCAUGAAUCUCGACGAGAAUGUCAACGAGGAUGACUGGGACCACUGUUUCAGCAUGAACGUCAAGUCGCCCCUGUUCCUGUUCCAUGCGGCCAAAAAUCAUCUCGAGGCCACCUGCGGAUCGUUCACCACAGUAUCUUCGCUCUCUGGGAUCAAGCCCGGCGGCAGCUGCCUACUGAACACCUCCUCGGCCUACUCCGUUACUAAAGCAGCUCAAAUCCAUUUGGCCAAAUCCCUGGCAUUGAUCGCUGCUCCCAAGAUCCGUGUCAACACGGUCGCGCCUAGCCUCAUGCUUACGGAAUGGGGAAUGAAAUUUCCCACGACGAUGCACGAUGCUGUCCGAGAGAAAAACCCUCUCAAGAUGAUUAUUACCUUGGAGGAUGUCGCAGACCAUAUUGUCCACCUGGCACAGAAUCGGUCGAUCACUGGCACCACCGAGAUAAUUGACGCCGGAUACUUGUUGACUUGA